GUUUUGUUUCCUUGCCUUAAUUGCUGACAAAACAACGGUUUAGUUGGGAACUGUUAUUGGAAUCAUUCCUUCAUCUCCAAGAAUCUUCUCCAAUCAAACUCUUACUGACCGAACUUUCAUCUCAAACACAACCAUCAAAUUGUUUCCAGACAAUACAAAGUUUUUUCGUCCCUGAACUAUUAUGGCUAAUCCCAAAGACCGAAAUGAGUCUUCAUUUUCCUUCUCCGACUUCCCUGAAGACGUCCAGCUUUGCAUCCUCUCCUUCCUUUUCCCGCCCGAGAUCGCGAAUUUCGCUUCCACCUCAAAACGCUUCGUUUCGCUAUGUCGAAACACCAAGCUCUGGUUCACCCUUUGCCAACGCCGGUGGGGCUCCAAUACCCAGAUCAAUAAAUGGGGUGGCGGUAAAAUCACUUACAAGCUCCUUUACAAGACCCUAACGCAGUGGGAGAAUCUCAUCGGCUUCUGGCGCCAUUGCGAUCGAGCCGCCGUCUCAGGUCAAUGUCCUCGGUUGAUCGUUUUCGAGUGGGGCUCAUCAUUUAUUUCCGGUUCUAGGAUUUGUCUUUCCCAAAACGACUCCUACCAUGUUACCAAAACGCCGUUCUUGUGGAUGGGGAUAUCCCCAGAUGGGCAAAUCGUAUACUUUCUCGACCCGGAGGGCCAAACUGAAAUACCAUCCGGGGAUUUCGAUAGCUGGUUGGAAUUUGUCUGCUUGUACCAAAAUUUGGUUCCGGCCAAUGUUAAUUUCAUGGGUAAGGAUCAUUUUAUUGUUGAAGAAAAUUCAACCUUUUGGCAUAGUUGUAAAAGUAAAGAUGUGUUGAGAAAGAGUUCAAGUUCAAAGAAUUUGAUAGAAGUUAGUGAUGAAGUUAUAGAGAGUGGUACUGCCGGGAGCUUACCGGACCGUUUCGUAUCGGAAAUGUAUUCGCAUUUUGCAAAUAAAACGAGCCCCGUUGGGGAUAGAGCAUGGAGGAGGCAGAGGAAGAAGGAGAAGGAAAGGCAAGGGAUGAGGAAAUGGGAGCCUGAGCAUUUCCUUAAAGUUGUUGAUUGCUCGCCUACUGAAGGUAAGCCCCUGCAGGGUCUUUGGAAGGUGCUGUGAAAACUCCUCGUUUUCCAAAUUGUGCUUUAUGUCUGAGGUUAAGAACUCGUGUUUGUAAAUAUAUUGUUGUUGACUAAUAAUGUUGUUUUCUUUCAUUCAUCUGCAAAUGUGUAGUAUAGUGGAAUUGGAGUUAUUGUCUGACUUGUGGGAUUAGGAGGAAAAUGGGAAUGCUUGUAAUGCUGCCUUCUAAGGUUUUUUGUGAAGGCUUGCCAUAGACUUGAUA